AUAGGUGGUCUGCUCAUGUUAGUGAUCCUCAGGCGCAGUGGGCGGGCCUUCUCGGGCCGUGACGUAAUGGAGGCCGGCGGCGACGCGCUGGAGGUGAUCAGCAUUGUGGGUAGAGCGGUGUGCGCAGGCGUGUUGCUGACGGCGGCCCUGUACCUGCUGCGCGCGCUGUGUCAGAGGAUGGCCUGGAAGUGCGGCGGAGAGAGCCAAGCGGAGCUCGUCAACAACCUGCGGAAGAAUGGAAUAGUCAAGACAGAGAAAGUUUAUAAUGUAAUGUUGGCUACAGACCGUUGCCACUAUGUAAAGAGUAAUCCUUAUACAGAUUCCCCUCAGUCUAUAGGUUUCCAAGCUACAAUCAGUGCUCCACACAUGCAUGCAUAUGCCCUGGAACUGCUACAUGAUCAAUUAUAUGAAGGGGCUAAAGCACUUGAUGUGGGAUCUGGCAGUGGAAUCCUCACAUCCUGCUUUGCUCGGAUGGUCGGUCCAAGUGGAAGAGUGGUGGGAAUUGAGCAUAUUAAGGAACUGGUAAAUGACUCCAUAAAUAAUGUUAAGAAAGAUGAUCCAACCUUGCUGUCAUCAGGAAGAAUAAAGUUUUUAGUGGGCGAUGGGAGACAAGGAUAUCCAGAGGAAGCUCCUUAUGAUGCCAUCCAUGUGGGGGCAGCAGCAAGCAUGGUCCCACAGGCAUUGCUCGAUCAGUUGAAGCCAGGUGGGAGGAUGAUUUUGCCAGUCGGCCCUCCGGGAGGAAACCAGAUGUUGGAGCAACAUGACAAGCUAGCGAAUGGCAGCAUCAGCACGAAACCCCUGAUGGGAGUGAUCUACGUGCCUUUAACAGAUCAAGAUAAGCAAGUGCCAAGGUGGAAGUGACUCUGCACAGUCUUCCUCAGAAACAAGGGAUGAAAUGUGAAGCUUCAUCUGUGUGCUCAGAACCUGAUGUUAAUGUGGAGUACAUAUCUCCCGUUCUAAAUGCUUUGAAAAUGACAGCAUUGCAGCUUGUUUUUGGACUGGAAAAAAAAACAUCCACACACUUAACUGGUGUGGAGCAGUAUUCUUGCAAUGAAUUCAAUAAACCUUGCCUGGGGAAGAGCUGUUAUAAAGGAUUUUCAGAAUCAAGUGCAGAUUUGGAAGAAAUUUUAUGUGGCUUGGUUUCAUUUUUAACUGGCAAGUGUGAAGCUGCAGCAAGGUGGUACCAGCAGAUGUGUGGUGUGGCUAGUUUUUUUUUUUCUCCCUCAUCUGAAUUGAUAGGUGUUCAAAUCCUGCACCAUUACAACGUAAACUUAACCUGUGCACCCAUGGCACCAAUGACAUAAUAUAUGCAAGACCUUUCUGUAUGCAGGUAUAACUAAGCACUAAACAUUGAAGUUUGUAGUGUGCCUUGAGUUGCCAUCCAGAUUGCCAUGUUUUACUAGUCUCUGGAAUCAACCCUGCCAAGCACUACAUGAAUACGGUGGCAAAUGCAUUGUUGAUUGUAAACACAGAUUUGAACAUAUUGAUGCUUUCAAACAUAGUUUUUUUUAAGUUCUGUGCUGCUAUUCCUUUGCUUUGUGUUGCUUCACAGUUGAAUGUAGUAGAAAUUAUUUAAACCUAUGCUGUACAAGCUUACAACACACUAUGGAUCGUAGUUAAAAUUUCUUCAGUGUAUGCAUUAUUGCUUUGCAAAAUAAAUUUUAAAAGCA